AUGUCUUUGGAUAUUGAAGACCAUGAUGCUACAACCACUCAAGAUGUUGACUCCACUGAGAUAGACCCUAACCAAACAAACGAGUCUUUUUAUAAAAAUGCCGCUUAUGAUAUAAACACAAUAUAUACAGCCAUGUAUUCUGGUGUUAAAGUAAUAGAAAUGACAGUACGUGGUGUCUCCGUUAUGAGAAGAAGAAACGAUUCUUCAUUCAAUGCUACUCAAAUUUUAAAAGUUGCAGGUUUAGAUAAAACUAAAAGAACUAAAAUACUGGAAAGGGAGGUCCAUACAGGGACUCAUGAAAAAGUUCAAGGCGGAUAUGGUAAAUUUCAAGGAACUUGGAUACCUUAUGAUAGAGCAGUUGCCUUAUCACAACAAUAUGGUGUUUAUGAAGAUUUGAAACCAUUAUUUUUAUUCAACGUUUCAAGUGAAGAAGCUAAUGAUACACCAACAAAAGAACAAGCUAUUGCUGCUCAAAAGAAGAAGCUUGGAUUAAAAGAAUCCUUUGAUUUAAAACAACAACCUUCCAAUUUAGGUCGUUCAUAUUCAACAUUAACUGAAAAUGAUGAAACAGAAUUAAUAAACAAUGCAGAAUCACCAACUAAAAAGCAAAAAACAAUACCUACUGAAAAUUUGGAAAAUGGUGAUGCUAUUCAAUUUGAAACUUUUGAUCAUGAUUUGAAUAUUGAUAACCCAAAUACUCCAUUCACUUUAGAGCCUUUAUCUGGUUAUAUCCCUGAAUUUGAACAUUCAAAAGAUGUCAUAACACAAAUUUUCCUGUCACAAGAGGCUAACGCUUUAGCAGACGCUGUUGGUGGUGAGUCAGCAUUAUCUGGUGUUAAUUUAGAUGUAUCAAUUGAUGAACUGGGUCACACUGCACUACAUUGGGCUGCUGCGUUAGCUCGGAUUCCACUAGUUUCUGAAUUAGUACGUCGUGGCUCUAUUCGUAUUAGAGGUAAUAAAACAGGUGAAAGUCCACUUAUACGUUCAGUCUUGGUUACCAACAAUUAUGACCAAGGCUCUUUCCAUGAAUUGUUAAAUUUAUUGUAUCCUUGUAUACCACUUUUGGAUCAUCAACGUCGUUCAGUACUGCAUCACAUUGCACUUACUGCUGGUAUUAAGAAAAGAAGUGCAGCUAGUCGCUAUUAUUUGGAAACUUUAUUGGAAUGGAUAGUGAAGACUGGUACUUAUUUACCUAAAAGUGCUAUAAGUUUGGGGAAAUUCAUGAAUGAGAUUGUCAAUGCUCAAGAUAAAAAUGGUGAUACUUGUUUGAAUAUCGCCGCAAGAAUUGGUAAUAAAGCUAUAGUGCAACAAUUAUUAGAUGUUGGUGCUGAUCCAUCCAUACCUAAUAGAGCAGGACUCAGACCAAUAGAUUUUGGUAUUAAUGUUAAUGGACUAGCUAGUGCUAAACAAAGAACACUAAGCUCAACUAGUUCAGCAGGUCAUGGAACUACACCUUAUAAUCAAAUAAGUGGGAAUGGUGGACAAAGCUCGCAAAAAAUCCUUGAUUCAAUGCAAAAAGUUUUAUCCAGAUUAGAUAAUGAUUUCAAAUCAGAGAUCUCCACAAAGCAAAAGCAAAUUGAUGAAUUACAUUCAAGAUUAAGAGAAUCUACACAAAAAUUAUCAGAAAGUCGUCAAAAUUUAGAUAUUUUAAAACAAUCUGAAAUUAAAUUAAAUGAAUUGAAACAAAGAAUAGCAAACCUAGAUAAGGCAACUUCAGAAGAGGAACAAAGAUUCAUUGAUCAAACUACUGAAUUAGGUUCAAUAGGUAAUUAUGAUGUUGAUUUUGAUGCAGAUGAACCAUUUAGAGUAUGGCCUAUCUAUAAUGAAUUUCAAAAACAUCCAAACCAAACACCAGAUCCAAGAAAUAUCAAUUUACAAGAUAUCCCACCAUCAGUUGUGUUGAAAGCCAGAAUCACUGCAUAUAAAGAGAAUGAAAGAGAUUUGAACAAUAUCAUACAGGAAUUGAGAUCAAAUUCAUCAAAAUUGGAAUCAAAAUUCAGAAGAGUUGUCGCAUUAUGUACUGGUGUUGAAGAGAAUACAAUUGAUAGUAUAUUGGAUGGUUUAGUUCAAGCCGUGGAGAGUGAUCCUGAUGAAGUUGAUAUGGGUAGGGUUGUUGGAUUUUUACGUAAAGUUGAUGAUAAAAUCGAUGUAUAA